AUGUAUAAUAACAGCGAAAACGUGAUUCGCCAAGAUGUAGUCAAUGAGUCCUUUGGAAAAGCAGUGAUUUCGUUUGAUACUGACAUUCAUAAAGGAGCAAACGAACAAAGUGAAUUUAUGAGACAAUGCUUUCUAGAUGAUUUGACACUUAACAAUGCCGAAAGGUCUUAUCUUCUCGACAAGCUUCAGCAGAACGUUGAUGAAUUUGAUAUUUCUAACAAUGAAAACGAAUAUCAGUGCGAAAGUUGCUUAAGUUGGAGUGCUAGAAGCAACUAUUGUGAGCAAUGCUGUAGAGAGUUUUUUGAAUCAAAUUUUGGACGUUGGACAUCAGGAUUUGAAGAAUAUGAUAAAUUCAUUCAGAAUUCACAAAGAACUCUUACAUCGCCUAAUAAAGUUAUCGAAUGGAUUCCCUCUGACAAAUUUUAUGAUAUAGAACGUAAAAUCCACGAAUGCUUUGGAUUAAUUUAUGUAGCCAAUUGGAUUGACGGGCCCAUUAUAAAAUGGAACAAUCAUAAUAAAACGUUAGAAAGGACCGGAAAUCAUAAAGUAAUGCUUAUAACACUUAAAGAUGGAUGGAAUCAGCAAGUCGAAACACAUUGGCGUUUACAAAUAAAUUUAUUCUCUCAAUUUGUUAUACCUUUUUAUGGGCUAACAAAGGAAUCCAAUUCUCAACAGUUGAUGUUAGUCUUAAAAUACAUGGAUACUGAUCUGCGCCAAUUUUUACCUAACAAUCAUUCGAUACUUAGUUUGAAAGAUAAACUAAAUAUCGUAUUGGACAUAGUAAAUAACUUGGAUGAGCUACACAAGGAACAAAUUGCACUUAAACAUUUGCAUUCAGAUAUCAUCACACUUGGCACUGAAAAAAGGUGGUAUAUUAAUCAUAUGGGAUUAACAUUAGCUAAAAACGAUCCGGACAUUGAUCAAGAAAAAAACAACAAUCAAGGUCAAAUGGAUUUUUUGGGCGCUUUUUUGAAUAAUACUCUACUCCUGAGCUUACACUUUAGUCGGUAUCAUACUUUUAGCAAUUUGCCUAAACCGAAAGGUAUAAAUACAGAUGAAUUCAACGGUAAAUGA